AGGAGAGUUAGGGUUCUGUUCUAUAAAUACCCAUAUUCUCCCCUCCCUAAACCAUCCCAUCUCACUAGCUAGCACUAGCAGUCGCUUGCUGCUACUCAGUUCUUGUAGCUAGCAUAGUGCUCAGCUGAGCUUACAACCUAAAUAUAUAAGGCGUAAACCAUGGCAUCCAAGGCCGUCCUCUUCUUGGCACUCAACCUCCUCUUAUUCACGGUGGCCAACGCCUGCGGCGGCUGCCCGACCCCACCAACGCCCCCGGCUGUGCCGCCGCCGCCGCCACCUUCUACCCCACCCCCAUCAUCCAGCGGCAAGUGCCCGGUGAACGCGCUCAAAUUCGGCGUGUGCGUCAACGUGCUCGGCCUCGUCAAGGGCGAGGCCGGCAAGGUGCCCGCUGAGCCGUGCUGCAGCCUCCUCAACGGCCUCGCCGACUUGGAGGCCGCCGUCUGCCUCUGCACGGCCAUCAAGGCCAACGUGCUCGGCGUCGUCAUCGACAUCCCUAUCAAGCUCAGCGCCCUCGUCAACUACUGUGGCAAGUGCGUGCCCAAAGGCUACACCUGUGCGUAAACACGCCGCGGCUACACGCUCGUAGCCGCUCACGCAAUCUGCAUGGCAUAUAUACGUGCGUUGGGUUUGCUGCUGAACUCUUCUGUCUCAUUUGUGCAUGCAACUUCGGUUCUGCAACCUAGAACCAUGCAUUUCGUCCAAAUGCUUUGUCAGUUUGUGUGUAUUGCAUUGUGUCUCUUGUCGAAUUUCCUUUCAUUUUUGAAUUUGUUCAUAAGAGGCAUGCAUCUCUCCUUGAAGUGAACAAGAGGAGUAGUGUUGCUUCUAGUUAUUGCAAAUCAUGUAAUCUGUUGGGAAACUUUUAUUGUGUAUGUAAAAUCAAGCGCUUGAACUAUCUGUAAUAAUACUUAUUCGUUAAUUGUUCCUUCUCUUUCGGAGGGAUAAUAAAGCCAUUUGGUUACUCUCUCAA